UACACGAUCUCUGUGCCGGAGCACGUCUGCAAAAUGAAUUCCACGGUGGCGUCAGUUCCGUAAAGCGUUCCUGCUGGCUUCAUUAAACAGAAGAUACGGGAUUAUUUACGAAGAGUCCGAAGACCAGCGCAGCUAAAACAAGAUUUUACCCAGCAAUGUCACUGAAAUAUCCCUAAACAAGAGCACGGCAUUGUUUCUGAAGGGCAGCUUUUUCCUCGGACUGACGGAAGAGCCAGCAGCCUCCUGUAAGCCGCGCAUGAACUGGGAUGCACUGCUGUUAGCCUGUUAUUAGCUUUCGCAUUAGCUUCCCGAACAGCUCCUUUUUUACGACGGGACCAAGCACACCACAGAGUGCAUUAUGACAGACAGCAUUAUGAGUAAAGCUGCCACAAUGGAGAUUCCUAUCAACAGUAAUGGCGACACAGGGACGCUACCAGAAGACGACAGCCUUGAGCAGGCUGCAAAACUGCAGUGGAGCUUAGAUGAGAAGGUAGGGAGCUCCAGAGGCACCAGGGACCUACAGCAGGUGAUGGUGUCGGGUCCCAAUCUCAACGAGACUAGCAUUGUGUCUGGGGGCUAUGGAGGAACAGCAGAGGGUAUUAUCCCCACCAGCUCAAUCAAAGGUUCCAACAUGCACCACAGCAGCAGCAGCUCUUCAAUGACGGCAGAAGAAACGACCCGCGGUGUAGCUGUGGAAAAACUAGAAACAAUGAGGAAAUGGGGCCUCAACACUUACAAGUGCACAAAGCAAAUGAUCUCCGAGCGUUUUGGACGGGGCUCCCGGACUGUGGACCUGGAGCUGGAGGCUCAAAUCGAGGUGUUGAGAGACACUAAAAGGAAAUAUGAGAAUGUGCUGCGAUUGGCCAGAGCGCUGACCAACCAUUUCUACAACAUGGUGCAGACGCAGCAUGCGCUGGGUGACACCUUUGCUGACCUCAGUCAGAAAUCUCCAGAGCUACGAGAUGAAUUUGGUUACAAUGCAGAGACUCAGAAGCUGCUGUGUAAGAACGGGGAGACUUUACUUGGUGCCGUUAACUUCUUUGUGUCCAGCAUCAACACAUUAGUCAACAAGACCAUGGAGGACACUCUGAUGACUAUCAAGAUGUAUGAGAAUGCAAGACUGGAGUUUGAUGCCUAUCGGUCAGACCUUGAGGAACUGAGUAUGGGUCCAAGGGAUGCUGUAACCAUGGCCCGUAUUGAUGCUGCUCAGCAACAGUACCAGGUCCAUAAGGAAAAGUAUGAACGUCUUCGCUCAGACGUUACCAUUAAACUGAAGUUUCUGGAGGAGAAUAAGGUGAAGGUGAUGCACAAGCAGCUCCUCCUCUUCCAUAAUGCCAUCUCGGCGUACUUUGCUGGCAAUCAGCAGCAGUUGGAGCAAACACUGAAGCAGUUCAACAUAAAGUUGAGGCCCCCAGGGGCCGACAAGCCCUCCUGGUUAGAGGAGCAGUGAGAGGCCCCGCUGAGCCUCCUGCAGCCUCCUUCUCUUCCACCUGUAACCUGUUGAAACCCCCAACUUACAGAGGACCACUACAGAGGGAACACAUACCGAUUGAAUGGGUGGAUGACGAUAUGAGAUGAGUGUGUGGCUGGAUGAUUGGGCAGAUGACGGAGGAUAUGGACUGAUGAAUUACAGGGUUUUCUUGAUGAAUGGGCUAAAUGCAGCAGGAAACAAAGUGGCCAGUUUCAUGAACAGUCAGGGGCUUUUAGUGCCUCUCUUCCCAGCUUCCCUUUUUUCCACUUUAACCUCUCUUUGUGCUCUCUUCCCAGAAAAAACUGUCCACCUUCUCCCUUCUCUUUCCUCUACUUGACUUAACCCCCUCUGUCUCAACACUAUUCUGUUGUGUGAGCUUGCGUUAGCCAUGUUUAUGGUUAUAGUUGUACUCCUCAAGUGCUCCCAGUGCUCUGAGUUAAACUUCAACCCCACACCAUCUUAUGUAGUAACAGAGACUGAUGGAAAAAAAAUAGGAAAAUGGUAAAACCAUUAAAACACACUCAGAUGUAACUAAACACUACUUCCAGACCUUAUCACUCUCCUAGUGUGCCUCCUUAUAUUUGAACUAAUGCAUUAAAUGAAUAUGUGGCCUGCGGGAGGGAAGAGAACGACAGAAAACGAUGAACAGCAACACAUGAAGGGGAUUUGUGUGGUACACUGGAAAGGAAUGCUCAGACAUUUCAAAUCAAUGUACAUUUCAAAUUAAGUACUGUUUCACUUUUGAAAUAAAUAUUCUAUGAUUGUUUGUAGCUUCUAAAAACACAAUGUUGUGUUUAGCUUUUGAUUCAUUUAACAUCUCAUUUCUUUAUUUUCCUACUAUUCUGCUUCUGGUCAGCUGUACUGUAUGUCCUGUGUUUCAGAGUGAAUACUGUUUGGGCAAUCUGUGCUGGUGUUUUGGACCGAUGCACCACAGUGCUUGGUCUGUAGUUAUCCAAAAUGUUACCGAUGUUUUUUCUUGUAACCUGAAAAUUCUUUGUCUUCAACUCAUAUAUGCAACAAUCAUUGAAGGAACACUGCCACGGCUUCCCAAAGUUACACUGGCUCGGGUCUUUACUAAUUGUACUUUAUUUACCCAAAGAGAACAGAUAGAGAUGCUUACUGGAUGACGACCCUUGCUAUGUUUACGUGGGUUGUUUAGGAAAAUUGAUUGGUUGUAGGUGGAGUAUGUGAUUCUAAUUUAAAACACUGUUUGUCAAAUUCUGUGAAUAUCUCAUGGUUCAUUCUGUGUGUGCUGAAAAACAUCCAAGAGGCAACAAGGAACGAUAAAUGCAGUAAAACCUGGAACAUGGCAACAAUCUAGAAAUGCUAAAAAAACCAAACUACCUAAAUAUCAACAAUCUUUCUUCAAAAUCACAGUCUCCACCUUCACACUUUCACUGCGUUAUCUGCUUUUGUAAAAGUGGGUUUGUCCGUCGGUCAAGAUCCAGCAAACAUGACGAGAAUCCCUUCAUUAUUAACUAUCGUUGGACUGUAUCGGAAAAGAAUUGAUUCGAUUUUCUUCGUUUACGUGAUGCUUCGAAAUGUGUUUGUGUCUUACGUUUGAUUUGUCUUUUUAAAGUUAACAACAUUGACAUCUAGGAUCAUAUCAGUCCUCCUAAAGCAGAAGGUAUUUGUCUAUGGUUACCUUUCUUCACACUGAAGAUUACUGUAGCUGUCUAAUAUUACUCAUUAUGUGACCGAAAAGUCUUGUAAUGUAGUAUUUGGGGAGUAUGAAAACAUUAAUGAUUCAUCUGUAGUUUAAUCUUGAACUGAAACUUAAUUUUAGUAGUAAACAAUCAUCAAAUGUUGACAAUUAAAAGAUCAUAUUACCCCAAAACACUGACAUGGCAGUACAUACUUGAUGUUUUUUUUUUUAAAUGCCUCAUUGUAUUUGUUCAAUGCGAAUUUAUCUGUUGAAAUCAACUGAAAACUGUUCAAGUUCUGAUUAUGACUGUGCAAAUGACGACAUACUAAGACAAACAUAUGUGCCUCAGGCUGAACAAAUGUGUAAUUGACUCCUAAAAUAUUCUUCAUAGACCGUUAUUUAAUUUCCUAGUGUUCAACCUCUCCAGUCAGCUGAAGAAAACCCCGCAUAGAGAAUGUUUACCUGUGCUGCAUUUAACUCAUGAGAGCCUCCAGCAACAGAAUGGAGCGCUCUGUGAAUUCUCCAUCCGUUAACGGGUUCGUCCUCCAGCUUCUUGUCUCUUCUGUAUUUGCAUGGCAGGCAGUGAUCCAAAGUUUAGGUGGAGAUAUGUGUGCUUGCACUGACGCUCUCCUCUUGGCCUUCUGUGUGCCAGCUUGCAUGGACCGGCGUAAUGCCAUGCUUAUGGUUGCUGGAUUAAAUUUUGAAACUGGCUGAAGCAGAAACCAAGAUGUGGGUUUACUUUUAAUGCUGCAGUUUAAAGGACAGUUAUGAAAAGAGACGGAGCUGAGUUUAAAUGAGAUGAUGGAAUCGACUCUAAAGCUUGUGUGGCUUCUGUUUUCUGAAUUUUAUCUCUCAAUGUGUUGAAUAUUUGUAUUUAGUUCGGCCUGAACUAGUCACUCAAUAAGAUGUUGGCCUCAUGUGGCUAAAAUUGCAGUUUCACAGGCCAGCUCUUGGUGCGUUUGACCACCACAAAGCAAUAUUAAUAAAAUGUGACUCCUCUUUUCCAAACCUGUCCUUCUGAGAUUCCCAACCCUAACACCAAAAUGAAUGGCAAUAGGAUUUUUUAAAAAUUUUUGUCCGAUAGUUGCGAAACCUCCAGUAAGCUGAAAAAAGGGUGAAUUUCAAGCUGCCCUUGCAAGCAGUCUUUAAGAUUGUCGCCAAGUGAGAACCAAGAUUUAUAAAAUGAGAUGUUUUAUUUGUGUACAAUCACUGUUUUCUAGGCUGAGCUGGUGUAUUGUCUGUACGGAUGAUUGCACAUAAGGUGUUUAUGACGAUCAAUGAAGUUGUGUCAUGGAUUGAUGUGAUACUCUGCCUUCAUUCCUCAGUCAGACCUGAAAAGUCCCACCCGACCCCGAGGGAACAAAAUUAAAAAUACACAUUUUCAAAUG